UCGUCGGCGCGGGCAGCGCGGUAUCGUUGUGACCGAGAUUUGGGAAUAUCAGUCGGACAUGAUAUCAGUGAUCAAUGCCAAAGUCCUGUUGCCUGUGGAGAAGGUGAUGUUUGACGAUCUUGUACUGCUGCAGUUCGUAUGGUGAAGGUGUUCCCACAAUCCGGUUCGAUUCCACUAUCUGCCGAGGUGGGAUUCGAAGCCGGACUACAGUUGUUGUAUAUUUUAAUAUUCUGGAUAAAAGUUAAAUGCAUCAGGGUAUUACAAGUGGACUUGCAGGUGGGAAUCUCAAUAAUUGUAACACCAAACUGUGAUGGAAUUACUCAGUCCAUCAGUACUUGGAUAUUAGCAUUGUUUGAUUUUGGACAGUGGAGGAAAAAGCACCAUUCACACUGGGAACAAACAGCACCGUCUGUGAAGGUUCAUCUAACAUGUCCAAACACAGUCAGACUGGGGAGAGACCAUGGAAAUGUGGGAUUUGUGAGAAGAGAUUUCUUUACGCAUGCCAACUGGAAACUCACCAACGCAGUCACACUGGAGAGAAGCCAUUCAUCUGCUCUGCUUGUGGAAAGGGAUUCACUCAGUCAUCCAACCUGAAGGAACACCAACGAGUCCACACUGGAGAAAAGCCAUUCACCUGCUCCAGUUGUGGGAAAGGAUUCACUCAGUCAUCUGGCCUGCUUAAACACCAGAGAGUUCACACUGGGGAGAGACCAUUCACCUGCUCUGAUUGUGGGAAAGGAUUUGCUCAGUCAUCCAGCCUGUUGAAACACCAGCGAGUUCACACUGGGGAGAGACCAUUCACCUGUUCCCAGUGUGGGAAAGGAUUCACUCAGUCAUCCAGCCUGCUGAUACACCAACGCGUUCACACUGGGGAGAGACCAUUCACCUGCUCUGAUUGUGGGAAAGGAUUCAGUCACUCAUCGACGCUGCUUAAACACCAGCGAGUACACACAGGAGAGAGACCAUUGACUUGUUCUGUGUGUGGGAAAGGCUUCGUUGAUUUGAACUCUCUGCUGAGACACGAGCGAGUUCACACUGGCAUGAGACCAUUCACCUGCUCUGAGUGUGGGAAAGGAUUCACUUGCUCAUCUAACCUACUGAGACACCAGCGAGUUCACAGGGGGGAGAAACUAUUCACCUGCUCUGAGUGUGGGAAGGGAUUCACUCGGCCAUCCAGAAUGAUAGCACACCAGCAAAUUCACAAAGAACCACAGUUGAAGGAUUUUGCUCUGAUUUAUACCAAGGAAUGAACCAUGGUCGUUGAGCCACUGAUGCUGAUGUUAUUGAUCCCUGUUCAAUUUAAUUGUCAGUAAAAUGUUAAUAACAAUUGUAUAACUGUAAGGUAGGUUUUGUAAAUAAUCACAUCGUCACUAUAUGUGGUUGGUCAUGGCAUUAAUCAACUCCAGCCUCCCCACUACUCUUGAUCCACUCCAAUUUGCCUAACAGACCAACCAAUCCAUGUCAGAUGUCGUAUCGCUUGCCCUUCACUCCUCCCUAGAAUGUCUUGACAUCAAGAACAGCUACGUAAGAAUCCUACUCAUUCCAUACAGUUCAGCCUUCAACACUAUUAUGCCCUUGAGACUGAUUAUUAAACUUAGUGAUCUCAGACUAAGCCCCACUCUCUGCAACUGGAUCCUCAGUUUCCUGACCCACAGGCCACAAACAAUGAAGAUUGGGGAAAAUAUUUCAUCUUCACUAUAACAAUCGACACUGGAGCCCCCCAGGGGUGUGUACUCAGCCCCCGACUGUACUCACUGUGUAUCCAUGACUGCAUCACCAAAUACCAGACUAAUGCCAUUUACGAGUUUGCUGAUGACGCCAUUAUAAUCAGUCAAAUCUCAGAUGGCGACAAAAUGGACUACAGAUGGGUGGUGGAAGAUCUGGAAAAAUGGUGCACUGAGAACAACCUAGCUCUCAAUGCCAGCCAAACAAGGAACUCAUUAUUGACUUUCAGUGGGAUGUUACUCAUGCCCUGUUACACAUUAACAGCACAGAGGCAGAACAAGUGGAGAGUGUCAAGCUUCUGGGAGUGGUCAUCAACAACGGGCUUUCUUGAACUUUUCAUGUGGACACACUGCUUAUAAAGGCCCAACAGGCAGCUGACAGUGAAUACCCUUGCCAAUUUUUAUAGGUAUGCCAUUGAGAGCAUUCUGUCUGGAUGUAUCACUGCCUGGUAUGCCAACUGUACCAUUCAAGAUCGGAGACUGUUUCAGAGAAUGGUGAACUCGGCCCGGACAAUCACAAAGGCUAACCUCCCAUCUAUAGCAUCCGUCUACCAGGCCCGCUGUCAAGGAAAGGCCGCCAGCAUCUCAAAGAUCCAUCCCACCCUGGUAAUGUUUUUCAACAACCUCUACCAGAAGCCUGAACAUGCACCAGCUGAUUUCGAAACAGUUUCUACCCUACUGUUGUUAGAAUACUGAAUGGACUCUCAAAUUCUUAACAUUCGCCUGUACCUAUGUUUUUGUUUUUGCUACUGUUUACUUAUUUACUUAUCUAUGCUACUUAACUCUGUGAUCUGCCUGUAUUGCUUGCAAGACAAAGCUUUUCGCUGUGCCUUGGUAACAUAAGUACCAUGAAAAUAAAUUCAAUUCAAUUCAA